AUGUCUCCUAAAAGGAAAGCAGCCUGCUACAGAGACACGACUAGUCUAUUUGACACUUCGGAACGCUUCCAUUCACCUCGUCAACAAGGACCAGGGUCAUUAAAUAGCGAAGAAGAAAACGAAGUAGUAGGGUCAGCUGAUUUAUGUCAAAAGAUAUCGCAGGGCUUACAUGAAAGUGCAAAAGAAAGGAAGUGGGAGAUAUGUGUCCAUCAGGCUGAAUCUAUUACGGAUGUUGUGAAAACAAGGAUAGAUAUCUCUGUGGAUUUUAUCAUUUUUCCUUUUGAUUUAAAAAUUUCACAAACCUUGUCAGAAAUAAAAGCUAAUAUAGUCAGGAUAGAGGAAAGUUUUGUACUGUCUGGUGCAGUUUGCGUAGUAAAUUGCAAUGGAGUAUCCAAUGUUAUGGGAUUGAUCCACGAGGCAAAGAAGCUUUGUCACAAUUAUAAUAUUCGUUUCCUUUCUGCUAAUAUUUCUAAUAUGCAAGCCUGUGUAUCUUUAGGAAGCAGAAUUCUAAAUAUAACAGAAGGAAUAUUGGGAUUAAACAGUGGUCUACCAGUUAUUGGAACUGUUGUGCAGCACAACUAG